UGUGACUUUCGGUAACGUCCAGGGUCUCGAUUGGUCUCAAUACACCUGUCAUAAGUGGUAACGUUAGAUCUUUGCCGUUAAUGUAAACUAUUCAUAUUUAUUCAGUAAGUAGUCCCCUUUAAUUGCGGUUGUCGUGAUUCUAUGUAUUAGUUACAGCAUCAAAACUUUGUAUAUUUAACGAUCGAUUGUUUGUGGAAGAACUGCAAAAACCGCAUGAAAUAUUUUUUUAUUUGUGUAAAGGAGGGAUUUUGACAAAGUAGAAAGGAAAUAUAUUUCUUGAGUAAUUGGAGAAUCGAAAAGACAGAAAUGACGUCCAAGCUGUUAUUCUUUGAACCAAUGGGAAUUCUGAAUACCAUACCUCAGUAUCACGCCCUACUUGGUGUCUUUCUGAUUCUUUGGAUGCUAGUUUUAAUAACGAAGCGCUGGAAUGCUAGAGAAUGCGUAUCGUUUACCGAAGAUGAAGUUCGACGAAAGUUAGCCGAAUGGGAACCCGAACCGUUGAUAUCGGAGGUUCCCAAGGACCAUCCUUCUCUGCAUCCAAGACUCGUUACAUCACGUGUUGGCAAAAAAAUAACGGUUAAUAACAGUGAUUGUCUAAAUUUAGGAACCCAUAAUUAUUUGGAUUUUAUUGAUAACAAAGAAAUAGAGAAACGGGCCAUCGAAACCAUUGAGAAGUAUGGUGUUGGCUCUUGUGGCCCCCGUGGCUUUUAUGGGACUGUCGACGUUCAUCUUGAACUGGAAGAACGUCUAGCCAAGUUCAUGGAAGCCGAAGAAGCGGUACUUUAUUCUUAUGGAUUUAGUACGAUUGCAUCUGCAAUACCAGCAUAUUGUAAACGUCGGGAUCUUGUGUUCGUGGAUGAAAAAGUGAAUUUUGCAGUUCAAAAAGGGUUGGAUGCAUCUAGAUCCGUCAUUCAAUAUUUCAAACACAACGACGUGCGACAUUUAGAAAGUUUGUUACAAAAUCAAGUCAAGAAAGAUGAAAAGAACCCAAAAGCAGGAAAAAUUAGAAGGUUUUUAAUUGUCGAAGGAAUCUACAUGAACACGGGAACGAUCUGCCCUUUACCAGAACUCGUUGCUUUAUGCAGGAAGUAUAAACUACGAAUCUUUGUCGACGAAUCUAUUUCGUUUGGUACACUCGGUAAACAUGGACGAGGAGUUACCGAGUUUUACGGAGUGCCUAGGCAGGAGAUCGAUUUGAUCAUGGGGUCAUUGGACUGGGCAAUGGGUUCGAUCGGAGGGUUUUGCGUUGGCUCUUCAUUUAUUAUCGAUCACCAAAGGCUGGCAGGUCUUGGCUACUGUUUCUCCGCAUCUCUACCUCCUCUUUUGACGGCUGCUGCCAUUACCUCGUUAGAUACACUAGAGAAGAAGCCAGAAAUCCUAGAACGUCUGGAACGUAACUGUCUAGCCUUACACGCUGGAUUGAAGAGGAUUAAAUAUUUUGAUGUACCCAGCUUGGCACAGUCCCCACUAAAGCAUUUGUAUUUGAUCGCUCAGCUGGAACAUGACGAAGAGCAGCUAUUACUCGAGCAAGUAUCCAGAAAAUGCAUAGAGAAUAAUUUAGCAAUUAUUACCCCUGCUUACUUGGCAGUGGAGAGGGAACUGCCGAGAUCGAGUAUAAGAAUCUGCGUGUCCGUUGCACUGGACGACAAUGACAUUUCAUUCGCUCUAAAUACAUUAGAACGAUGUGCAAUCGAAGUUCUGUCCGAUAAGAUUCAUCUAAGAUAAUAUCUAAUCUAAGGUGAGACUGUGUUUAAGAUCGAUACUCUAUGACACAAAGCUAAGAUUCCUCCAAUUCCUUGAAAUUUACCAUCAAAAUGAGAAGAUGCUUUCGUUUUAUUUUAAUUUUAUAAUUUAAGCGAAUGAUUUUCUUAAUUACAUAAGUGUAAAUAUACCGGUAGACUACUUGCAGGAUGAAAUGAGUAUGCUUUAUUAGCCACGACCAACAAAAACGACCAUUAGCAAGUCAAUGACGAAAGUGACAAUUUUCAGUCAUAUUUUUAAAAACCGCAAUGUGAUUCUACAUUUUCUUGUAAAUUUACAAGACCGUUUCCAAGCUAUUUUCUCCUGGAUUGGACUUAGGCUAAUAAACGAAGUUCACAAUGGCGGACGGAUACAACAAAGGUAAGUUAACUACGGCAGCCCGCUGCUUAUGUAUUCUCUGUCGGCUUUGCGUCAUCGCCGUAUCGCGAAAACGGUGCGUGGAAACCGGUUAAACGAAUAAUGCCUACCAGAAGAAAAAAAGACGAUAACGAUUGGCACCCAUUUUCUAAAGAAAAGUAAUUUUUGACAUGAAACGGUAAAUCGAUCGUUGGCGUAAUUGGCGUAAUCGUAAACGAUUCCAAGGCAGCAAACCCUAGAGAUGCAUGCUUCCCUUCCACCGGUCUAGGAGAAAUAUUGAGACAGGUUAAGUUGGCGCUUCCAAUACUCGAGAAGAAGACAGACAUAAUUAUAGUAUAUCUACUUCCGAAAUUUAUUUUAGAUUUCAUGAUUUUCACCUAUUCUCAUUCAUUAGCGGUUCUAGUUUAUUUUGUUGAUCGAUCAAAAUUGUUGUUCGUGCGUCUUCAAUUUAUUUUAUAUUUUUUUUGUUUUCCAGUAAUUCACGUCAUGAAUAAAACGGCGAACCGCAGGAAGCAAUUGGUAGGGGAUACGAUAAGGAAGGACGAUGGGUGAUCUGGGACACGACGAGAGUCACUGGCCUCGAGUUGACAUUGACCCGAUUCCAUGACGAUUCGUUCUCGACCGCUCCUCUAAAAUACUUAUUUUUCAUUCUUUCUUUAAUACUCUUUCAAAUUUCCCGCUAUAUAUAUCGUUAAACAAACCGUACUUAUUCGUAAACAAUACGUAAGCAUUGAAGGUAAA